AUGGAUAUCGCAUAUGAUCACAUCCAGGAGGAGAUCCUCAACUCUAACAAGCACGAGGACUCCUCCGAAUCUAAUACCGAGAAAUCGAACAUCAACCUCAACAACGAGCUUCAAGAAACCUUCCGCGCCUUCUCCGCCAGCCCGUGGGGUACCCGAAUCGGCGGACUCUGGGAUAACGUUCGCAAGCAGGGUGAAAGUUACUACGAAAGUGCUCAACAAGAAUAUGCGGCUGCUAGCGAGGAGGCUGUGAAGGGAUUCUCCGAUUUGCGGGACAGCAUCGUGGAUCGGACGAAGGGGCUCUCUCUGAGCACAGCGACCUUGUCCGGUGGCGGCGAAGGACAAAAAGAAGAAGUCGCGACACCGACAGCAUCGACUGAAGGAGAGUCUAAGGGACAGGAACAGACUGCUGGUUCCAGCGGAGAGGGAUUCAUUUCCCGGUUCAAGGCCGAAGCAGCCCGACGGCUCAAAGAGAUCGAAAAGGCCGAGGAGGCGGCAGAUGAAGCUAUAAUGCGGUUUGGCCUGAAUAUCAGUCAGAAGCUCCGCGAUGCUGUCAGUAUAGUGCCCCCUGAGUCUGAUGAAUCGGGAAAGCUUCUCUUCGAAAGUAAGGAUGCUGAGGGCAAGAGAGUCAUCCAUGCCACCCGAUUUGAAGCACAGCUCCACGUUAUCCAUUCCAACCUGGAGAGUUUCACCAAAGACCCCGUCAGUGAGAAGUUCCCGGAUUUCAAGCAAGACUUCAAUGUUGAGAGCAAAACAGACAAUAUUGCUUCGGAUUUGGAUAAGUACCCCGAUCUGCGGUCGGCCAAGGAGAAACUUGUGCCGGAGAAGGUUGAGUAUGCAGAGUUCUGGACCCGGUACUAUUUCUUGCGCCUAGUCAUUGAAACUGAAGAAAUGAAGCGAAAAGAACUCCUCAAAGGUGCCAAUGUUGAGCAAGAGGAAGAAGUUGGCUGGGAUGAUGACUCUGACUCGGAGCAAGAUUCUCCUUCCACUCCCCAGGUUCGCGCUCGCAACCAGGAAUCUGCCCUUAGCAAUGACGCCCAGAAGCCGGAACCUCGCCGAUCCAAUGACCAGCAAUCCCAGGCGGACAGCGAAUCAAGCUACGAUGUCGUGAGCGGAACCGCUAGCAGGGCUCCUGGUAGCCCUAAGGAGAAGAGUUCGGCCACUGAUACCAAGGCGGACGAAAGUGACGAGGACUGGGAAUAA